AUGCCCCUCCCGUCACUCCCUCUAGGAAUUGACCUCCACACGGUGGUCAUCACGGUAGUGGCAGUGGUGGUCAUUGACUACAUCUACUCCCAGUACAUCGAGUCGACCAAGGACGUCAACGACUUGUACCUCAGUGACCAGUCGCUCAUCGAAGCCACUCGUCUUCCAAACGAGUCUGCCAUUUACAAAAGCAACAAGUUGGACCAUUCUCAUGGCUUGCGCAUUGGUCUCGACAUUCGCUACGACCACUACAAGGUCAGACACGGCAACCUCUGUGAUAUCUGGCAAAUAGUCAUGGACAACGCCUCCAACACCUCCAACUUGAACAUCGACAACCAGCCCCUCCUUUUGCACGCCCUCAACCACAGAAUCGCCCGACUCGGUGACUACUUGCGUGCAAACUCUAUCACCUCCAUCAAGAUCAACGUACGGUUUUUUUUGGUCAACCAAGACGUGUUUGUGGCCAUAUUUGCCGGGUUUUUAAACCAGGUGACGGUGGAGUUCUACGACGACAUCACCAACUUGCCUGCGAAUGCCGAGGAUCUCAACAAUUCGCUUAUUGUGGUUGAUGACAGCGAGCAAGCCUAUAUCCACGAAACCACAGCUACCUUCGACAACGAGUACAAUUUUACCAAGGACAAAGGAAUUGCCCUCAAAAUCACUCGCAAGAUCAACAACAAGGUGCUCUCUACCAUCGAAUUCACUCAAUUGAAUCUUAUUAGUGCUGUGGCUUCCACCUUAAAACAUCUCCCAUUAACCAAAGUGGUCGACUCCAAUGACUCGUUCUUAAUUAUCAACGAUGCCUUGGCUUCAAAUGACCAUAUGCUCAACAAUUUGACAAAACUUAUGACUGGUUUCAUAAGUAAUAGUCAAAUCACUUUGUUAAACAAACCCUUGGAUGCAGUGAUAUCAUGGGAUACCAUCUUUGAUCUCAAUCCAACCAUCGUAUCGGUUAGUGAGGCACGGUUGGCGAAGAUGCCAAUCGACUCUUACCUUGAUCAGCUCAGUUGGUACACCAAGUUCUUCUUCAAUCAAAAAUUAAUAUAUGUCAACAAGUCCUUGAAGAAUUCUCCCGAGAUCCCCAUGUCCAAAUAUAAUACCAUGAGAUGCUUGUUCUCAACCAGGGUUAUCGUGGAGUCUGGCUACUAUAAUAUCAUUGGCCCGGUCAUAUUGACCGACUUCUAUGACUACCGUUUAAAUAAUGUUUCUAAUUUGAAGUCUUUUGGAUGCAUUUCACAAGCCAUGGAGAUCAAAUUGAUCAAUGUUAAUGCCAAAAACGUUGGAAAUAUAAUGGUUAGAGGAUACAAUAUUGGCAAGACCACCACUUGGUUGGUAGGGACUUCCAAUGAGACAACGGAGGCUAAUUUGCUUGGUGAAUCCUUGUUACGUCAUGAUCAAAACAAGCUGUUUAUGAAUCAGAACAAUGGAUUCAUGACCUUGAACGAUUCCACCGGAAUUUGGGGAAAUGAUGGUUGCUUGUAUGUAGUAUAA